CAAUUUCUCUACAAUUUCUAAUUAAUUAAUUAAUUUAGGGUUUAUUUCCCACUAAUUACUACUUCUUUAUUUAUACUUCCUUAUUAUUACGCCACCUUUUCUACGCCUCGAACGCUAAUUUCGUUACAACUAAUCAUAAUUCCUUUCCUCACUAUAUAUAUAUACUCCUUCCAUUUAACCAACCACUCAUAUUUCAUAUAACAACAACUUAUACUUUUUCUCAUCUUUUUUGCUUUUCAUAAAGUGAGUGAGCUGAUAUCAUGGCUGUGGAAAGAUCUGGAAUUGCCAAAGAUGUUACAGAAUUGAUUGGAAAAACCCCAUUAGUGUAUCUAAAUAGAAUUGCUGAUGGUUGUGUGGCUCGAGUUGCUGCCAAAUUGGAAUUGAUGGAGCCAUGCUCUAGUGUCAAAGACAGGAUUGGCUAUAGUAUGAUUACUGAUGCAGAAGAGAAGGGGCUUAUCACACCUGGACAGAGUGUCCUCAUUGAACCAACAAGUGGUAAUACUGGCAUUGGAUUAGCCUUCAUGGCAGCGGCCAAGGGUUACAAGCUCAUAAUUACAAUGCCUGCUUCAAUGAGUCUUGAAAGAAGAAUCAUUCUAUUAGCUUUUGGAGCUGAAUUGGUUUUGACAGACCCUGCAAAGGGAAUGAAAGGAGCUGUUCAGAAAGCUGAAGAGAUAUUGGCCAAGACACCAAAUGCAUACAUACUUCAGCAAUUUGAAAACCCUGCCAAUCCCAAGGUACAUUAUGAAACCACCGGUCCAGAGAUAUGGAAAGGCACGGAAGGGAAAGUUGAUGCAUUUGUUUCAGGGAUAGGUACUGGUGGUACCAUAACAGGUGCUGGGAAAUAUCUGAAAGAGCAAAAUUCCAACAUAAAGCUAAUUGGUGUGGAACCAGUGGAGAGUCCAGUGCUCUCAGGAGGAAAGCCUGGUCCUCACAAGAUUCAAGGGAUUGGUGCUGGCUUUGUCCCUGGUGUCUUGGAAGUUAAUCUUAUUGAUGAAGUUGUUCAAAUAUCAAGUGAUGAAGCAAUCGAAACUGCAAAGCUUCUAGCGCUUAAAGAAGGCCUAUUUGUGGGUAUAUCUUCUGGAGCUGCAGCCGCUGCCGCCAUUAAGAUAGCCAAAAGGCCAGAAAAUGCUGGGAAGCUUAUUGUUGUCAUUUUUCCAAGCUUUGGGGAGAGGUACCUAUCCUCUGUGCUAUUUGAGUCUGUGAGACGCGAAGCUGAAACCAUGACUUUCGAGCCCUGAAUUAUAGCUUAAGGCUUUAAAUUGCUACACCUGUUUUUUCUUGAGAAUUACUGUUGUUAAUCUGAAAUAAAACUUGUUUUAGAAGACUGAGAUGGAAUAAAUUUGGCAUUUGAUAGUAUAUAUAACUGUUUUUCUGUUAA